AUGGGCGAAAGGCUGCUGGGUCUGGCGUCUGGGUGCCCGAGGGCCGCGCGGGUCGCGUUCCAGGCCAUGGACGACAAGUAUACCGCUCUGCGGCGGGCCCAGCUGAAUCUGGACUUCAUCCAUGCCAACUCAUGAGUACCCUGCACCACUCACAGUUUCCUUUUUGGAGCACUGGCUGAAUUGCUGGACAAUGCAAGAGAUGCAGGGGCUGCAAGACUUGAUGUGUUUUCAGUGGAUAAUGAAGAACUGCAGGGUGGAUUCAUGUUGUGCUUCCUGGAUGAUGGAUGUGGUAUGAGCCCUGAGGAAGCUUCAGAUAUCAUUUACUUUGGAACAUCCAAGAAACGGUUAUCAAGUUUGAAGUUUAUUGGGCAAUAUGGCAAUGGUCUUAAAAGUGGAUCCAUGAGGAUUGGAAAAGACUUUAUUCUUUUCACAAAGAAGGAAGAAACGAUGACCUGUGUGUUUUUUUCUCAGACAUUUUGUGAAAGAGAAGGUCUAAGUGAGGUUGUGGUUCCAAUACCUUCAUGGUUAACAAGAACCAGAGAAUCUGUCACAGAUGAUCCUCAGAAAUUCUCAACGGAAUUGUCUAUAAUUUUUAAGUAUUCUCCGUUUAAAACUGAAGCUGAAUUGAUGCAGCAGUUUGAUGUGAUCUAUGGGAAAUGUGGUACUUUGCUGGUUAUUUAUAACUUGAAGCUUCUGCUUAGUGGAGAACCUGAGUUGGAUGUUAAAACUGACAAGGAAGAUAUACUGAUGGCUGGAGCUCUUGAGGAUUUUCCAGAGAGACGGUCCUUCAGAGCCUAUACAUCUGUUCUGUAUUUUGACCCUUGGAUGAGAAUAUUCAUUCAGGCCAAAAGAGUUAAAACAAAAUACCUAUGUUAUUGCCUCUACAGACCCAGAAAGUAUCUGUAUGUCACAUCUUCUUUUAAAGGAGCAUUUAAAAAUGAAGUUAAAAAGGCAGAAGAAGCAGUAAAGAUAGCUGAACUCAUAUUGAAAGAAGCACAAGUCAAAGGAAACCACUCUGACAGAGCUUCUUUGUCUUCUCCUGCCAAGGAUGUAUUAUGGAAAGCUUUGGAAGAUGUAAAAGCAAAGCAGAAGAUUCUUCAAGAGAAACGGAGAGAAUUAAAAAAGGCAAGGACACUCACCCUGUUCUUUGGUGUGAACAUAGAAAACCGAAGCCAAGCCGGGAUGUUCAUUUACAGUAAUAACCGCUUGAUCAAAAUGCAUGAGAAAGUGGGCCCACAGUUGAAACUGAAGUCCUCACUUGAUGCAGGUGUGGUUGGAAUUGUUGAUAUACCCUUGGAGGUCAUGGAACCAUCCCAUAAUAAGCAGGGAUUUCUCAAUGUCCAAGAGUAUAAUCAUCUUCUAAAAGUUAUGGGACGAUACUUGGUCCAGUACUGUAAGGACACUGGAAUUAGUAAUAGAAAUCUAACAUUGUUUUGGAAUGAACUUGGAUACCUGAAUAAUAAGGACAUGGAGAAAUCUUCAGAUUCUAUUCAAUAUCAAAGAAGACAGGCCAUGGCCAUCCCAUUCAUUAUUCAGUGUGAUCUUUGCCUUAAAUGGAGAGUCUUGCCUCCCUCUACUAAUUAUCAGGAAAAAGAAAUUUAUGACAUCUGGAUUUGUGCUAAUAACGCUAACCUCUUGGAAAACAGUUGUCAUCAGACACAACGACUACCUUCCAUCCCCCUGGGCACUUCAAGCACAGUAUCACCAUCAAAAAAUGAGAAAGACAAGCAACUUCAAGAGUCAGUCCAGAGGUAUCAAAAUCGACUGGAAGAACCUCAUCGACAGCCUCAGUUUAUACCAACAAUUAGGAUCCCUGCGUUCACUACCACAUGCCAAACUUCAGCACCUAAGGGAAAUACGAAAAUUCAGAGAAUCAGGCCUUCCGGUGAUGACUUGAUGCAUGAGUCUCUUUCAUCCUUUGAGCUUUCGGUCAACCAUAGAGACUGGAAAAGUAACACAGGAGAGGCGGAUUCCGGUGUAGAGCAUGUUUCAGAGACUAAAAUUACGAAGAAGCCUAUGCAGAAGAAAGUGAAACCUCAACAGUGGAGACAUCCAGCCGCCCUGCUGGAAAAUGUCAAACUAGCUGAGAGAUCCCAGGCCUCUUCCUGGGAAAUGAAGAGGAAGCAGAGACAAAACCCUGUGCAGGAAUGUAAGGCUCUGAUUGAAGUUGAAACCAGCAACAGCAAUUUGGAUAUAAUCCAGGUUUUAGAUAAAAGUGACCCUGAUGUUUCACUGAGACAAGAAGAAAAGGAAGUUUCUCUUAUGAAUAAAGAAACACAGGAGUUGUGCAGUGAUACUGCAGAAAUAAAGAGAAACCCUUCAUCACCUAACUGGGAAAGGCCAGUGGAAGAUUUAAAUUCAAGUUCUGGAUAUGAAGCCAGCGUGUCUGUGAGGGGUGGUUGUAAAGUUGCUUCUUCACUGACAACAUCUUCUCAAAGCACAUCUGUCAAGGAAACAGUAAGAAAACUGACAUCUAAUUUAAGGGAGAUUCUUCUGUAUUUUUUCCCUGAGUAUUGUCUACCAUCAGAAUUUGGCCACACGUCUCUGGAGGAACUUACAGCAAGUUUGGAGCUGGAGCAAUGCCCAGAACAGACAAACAAGAAGCUGAAAAUGUGUUUCAACCAGGUCCGUAAUGUUUACAUGGUCCAAUAUGAAAAAAAACUAAAGGAAACCAUGCAAUCCAUUAUCUAUGAUGCAAACAGAAGAGGAGUGCUUAAUGAAGUAUCCCUGGGACAAUGUGAAAAAAAAAGAAAAGUCACUGAAGACAAACUGAAUAAUCUUCGUGUGAAACUGACAGUAUUAUUGCAGAAACUUCAGCUGGGCAGUCCAGCAGGAGACCUGGAGCAAAUUGACAGUUAUUUAGAAGCUCUGCUUAAAGAAGAUAAUCUCCUUUUUCAGAAGACUUUUAAAUAAAAUGACUGCAGGUACAGGACAUAGUCUCCUUUCAAAAAAAAGGAAAGCACUUCUCAAAAUUAAAAGAAAAGACAUUCCAUUUUUUAAAAUGCUAAUAAGAAAAAAAGAAGAUUCUGUAAAAAUAUCUCCUCUGCACUUGUCAUUGUAAAGUUCAUCUUGUUUAACAGUAAGAAAAUUUUAUGUUUUAGAAAUGGAGACUGGUUUACAAUUUGUAUGUUUCCCAGUUCUAUUCCCUAACUCUUCCUGUUCUUUCAGAAACCAUUUCUAGAGUUCUCUAGUUCCCGUGAGCUGCUAAGAAAGAUGGAAAUGUCAUUUAGGCUUAAAUUUUGUUUUCACUAAAAAGAUUGUAAAAACUGGAAAACAGUGGUUUUUAAGAGCCAAAGAACUACAGAAUCACCUCCUUUUGAAAUUUGAGUUGAAAAAGAAAGACAUUAUACCCCUUCUCCACUACAGCCAGUACUCAGUAAAGCAGAUAAUAUACAUCCCAAAAGAACUUUG